AUGAAAGGGACGGCAGUCAAAUUAUUGAGAAAAGAACAGGACACGAAUCAUGAUCAAUUCAGUUUGCUCGCGUCGACGCAUCAACAGGAAACAGGCUUGGUGAAUAGAGCAGACAGAGAAACAAGGCGUAUACUUACAAGUGGCCUCCCCCAUUAUGAAACAGCGGACGGAGAUAAAGCUGUGAUCAUGCAAGCGCGGAUCAAGGAGCUUUACUCGAGCGACAAUCCGUUGGAUAAGGCAGCAGGAGCGAACCUCUUGGCAGAAUUCCUACAAACGUUCGCACCGGGAGUCCCUUCAGAUUACGGGGGUAGUUGUGACCCGUCAGUAGGGCCAAGCCGUCGUAGAGAGUCCAGGAGAGUCUCACCGAUCCCAAGACGCAUCUCACCACCUCGUCAACAACCUGAACAGGUAGUUCGGAUGCAACCUCCUCCUGUCCCUCAGCGACCCCCUCCAGUACCCCAACGAACUCAACAACCCCCCCUCCUCAACAAGCCCAGAUGCCUCAGAGCAGAACCAACGGAGCGGUCCGAGAACCUGGUGAAACACCGAGUCGAACGGAGGUCAGAGUUCAGCGUGCGCAUAGAGGCGAAUCCCGACCAAGGUCCUCACCUUUCGAGAGAAGCAGAUCGCGAGACUCUCCGAGGCGACGAUCUCAGGCCAGGCGUAGAAAGCAGGUCUCGAGCUCGAAGAGGCAGGUACCCAGAGGACGAGCAAGAUCGCGACUCUCACGCAUCACCAGCACCAGCUGAGCAUCGGAGUGAACGAGGCGAUCGACGUAGGUCACCGGCCCCGUACCAGUUGAUUGAAGAAGGCUUCUCCGAUACAUCAUCAGUGGGAGAAGACCGUCGGACUCGAGCAACGACUCAUCAAGCGAGAAGGAUGGUUGAGCGGAUCAACGCUGAACCACAAGCUACCACCGGCACGACAUCAGUGGAGGAAGAGGAAUUGGCGAAAGCUCUUCUCGAGUCGGGCAGAGGUAGAAUGGUGCUGUCCAACGGCGAUGUGAUCGAGAACGGUCGGCGGAUCCUACAGGAUGAUUCAGUACAAAUGGCGAAAGGCCUUACUCAACUGUCCCCUACACUCCAGGUUUAUCUACGUACCUUUAAGGCCUACAUUCCCUUGGCAGUGUUCAACAAAAGUUUCUUGAUCCAAGACCAUCAAGCCUGGUGCACAAUGAAAGCUUUAUCAGAAUCGAAAAUCCUGGAAGGCGGAGCGGGAGUUAAAAUGUACAGCGGAAACCCACCGAUGGACGAGUUAACGAUGCAGUAUGAACAGUGGCUGGACGCCAUAUCCCUGUUCAUAAAGUAUGUAAGGCAGGAAGGAUGGCAGACUCAGGCAGAACGCUUCGAGAAACAUCGACAGCUAGUCAUAGAGCUGAGAGAGGAAGCGGGUUGGAUGGUAGUGUUACGAUACUGUUGA